AUGGCGGAUACUGAAUGCUGUGAAAACAAUGUAUCACCACUCACCAAUACUUCCAGUACGAAAUCGCAGGAAAAGGUGAUGAAUCAAAAUUUGAGAAUAUUAAUCCGAAAUAAUACACAAAAAAUGCAGUCUUCAAAUGGUCUAAAUUCAGACAAAAUGGCAGAAAAUUAUGAAAGAUCAUUUGACCUAAACGUUUAUGACGAUGAAAGCGCAUCUGAAAAAGAAGAUACAACAGCAGCAAACUCUCAGGAGUCUAUUUCUGAUAUGAUCAGAAGAAUGAGUAGGACUAAUAAAUGGACACUGCAAAAUGAGAAAGAAAGUUCUUCGGCUUGCACUCAAAAUUUACAAAAGUUAACAGUGAAAUCGAUUCGCUCGCUAUAUUCUGAGAGAAAAAUUCCUGCAGUGAAAAUGCAUCAUAGUAGAAAUGAUGAUGCUAUUUCCAAAACGAGACAAACAUCUGAAUCUUUAUCCAUCAACUCCAAUAUUCGUACGUCUAUAUCGCAGCAUCAUUACAUACCACGGCUUAAUGCGACUUUCAACAAGCCAUCACAAAAAAAUUGCGGAAAUAUUGACAGCUUGCCAUCACGACUAAUGAAAGCAAAAUCUGCUGCUAAAUUAUUUCCUUUAGAAAGGGAGAAACUCUUAAAUGAAGUAGAUAAGAUCGCUUCGCUUCUUUAUGCGGAGAAACUCUCAAGUAAUAGAUAA